GCUGUACAAUUACUGCCUCUGCCUGUUACUUGUUCUGCUCCGUCGCUCAGAUAGGAUCUCAACAACACACCACAAACCCUAAAUUUCGUCAACUCCACAGCGACAGCGACUCGAUUCGAUCAAGAAAUGGCUUACGCUUCUCGUUUCCUCUCCAGAUCUAAGCAGUUACAGGGGAGUUUGGUCAUUUUUCAGCAGCACAAUGCUAUUCCAGUCCGAGCUUUUGCAAAGGAAGCUGCUCGUCCAACCUUUAAAGGAGAUGAGAUGUUGAAGGGUGUCUUUUUUGAUAUCAAGAACAAAUUCCAGGCAGCAGUUGAUAUUCUCCGUAAGGAAAAGAUCACCCUUGAUCCAGAGGACCCAGCUGCGGUAAAACAGUAUGCUAAUGUUAUGAAGACCAUCAGGCAAAAGGCAGACAUGUUCUCAGAAUCCCAACGCAUUAAACAUGACAUUGAUACUGAGACUCAAGACAUUCCAGAUGCUCGUGCAUACUUGUUGAAGUUGCAGGAAAUCCGCACCAGGAGGGGGCUUACUGAUGAGCUUGGUGCUGAGGCCAUGAUGUUCGAGGCUUUGGAGAAAGUCGAAAAGGACAUAAAGAAGCCUCUCCUGAGAAGCGACAAGAAAGGAAUGGAUCUUUUGGUUGCAGAGUUUGAGAAAGGCAACAAAAAGCUUGGGAUUAGGAAAGAAGAUCUUCCUAAGUACGAGGACAAUUUGGAGCUCAGCAUGGCCAAAGCACAGUUGGAUGAGCUGAAGAGUGAUGCUGUUGAAGCUAUGGAAUCUCAGAAAAAGAAGGAGGAAUUCCAGGAUGAGGAAAUGCCGGACGUGAAGUCUCUGGACAUCCGUAACUUUAUCUAAGGUUUGAUCCUUGGAAAUAUUUGAUUUGUUGUAAGAAAAGGCAGAAGAAAGAUCUCUCACUUGAUUGCCUUUGAAAGAGAAGAUCGUUCCCUUGCUGUUUUGGUUUGGCGUUCAAUAAGGUCCUCACCUGGAUUUGAGUCUAACUUUCUCUGUGGUUAUUACGCUUGAGAUUCUUAGACACAAACGUUGUUUCAUGUUUUUGAUAAUGGUGAUAACUGAAAUUCGAGAUGAUUAAAUAAACGUUAAUGUUAAAU